ACUCCGGAGGUCGGCAUGUGGGGGCCAAGCAGACCUGGCUCCCAGCGGCUCUGGCUUGACCAAGGCCACACGGCUGACCAGCAGCAGAGCCCGAACUCGUGCCCCCGCUGCCAGGGCAUCCACACCGAGGGGCCUGUGGGCUCCCUGUGCCCUCUCUCCCGACUGCAGGUGAAGCCAGAGGUCCUCAGCCGCCCGGAGCAGUUCUCUCUCAUCUACUCGGCCCACCCCUCCAUCGUGCCUGGUGGACGCUUCGUCGAAUUCUCCUACUGGGACUCCUACUGGGUGAUGGAGGGGCUGCUCCUGUCUGAGAUGCCCCAGACGGUGAAGGGCAUGCUGCAGAACUUCCUGGACCUGGUGCGGCUCUAUGGACACGUCCCCAACGGGGCCCGCGUGUACUACCUGCAGCGGAGCCAGCCUCCCCUCCUGACUCUCAUGAUGGACCGCUACGUGACCCACACCAACGACACCGCCUUCCUCAGGGACAACAUAGAGACCCUAGCCUUGGAACUGGACUUCUGGAUGGAGAACAGGACCAUCUCUGUGAGCUCGGAGGGCCAGAGCUACUUCCUGAACCACUAUGCUGUCCCUUACGGGGGCCCCAGGUAAGGAGCUGCUGCCAGCCUCUUGGUCUCUAG